UAUGGUUGGCACUUUGACUUGUUAGUCGGCUUUGUGUACUCGCCAGCCAGUGGCAGUGGCCACUAACAGUUGAUUUAUUUUUUCCAUAGAUAUAAAUAUAUUAUAGAAUUCCUUUUCAAAUUAUGAUAGCAGCUUCUUUCAGUCAACUUCUAGGACGCUGUACUAGUAUUCGAAACUUACUUAGGGAAUUUUCAAAAAUAACAAUUAUGGAUUACGAAUAUGGUAAUGGUAGUCACCAUUUUCCUAAAGACCCAUUUCUGUUUCGACAGGUUAUUAAUGUUUUUGAAUUAAUCUAUACAUAAUUUCUUAUUAUAAUAUAGGUGCUUAAUUUAGAUUUGUAUUUUAUUUUACAUACCUACCUAGUUGUUUGAUAGAGAAUCUUCAACAUACACUUACUUGUUGGCUGACAAUGUUACAAAGGAAGCAAUGAUUAUCGAUCCAGUUUAUGAACAAGUUAAUCGUGAUUAUUCGAUACUCAAACGACUUGGUUUAAAUCUAUUAUACUGUGGUAUGUUCUUUUUUAUUACCAAUACCUUUUGGCUAUAUCUUUUUUUCAAAAUAUUCUUCUUGACUUACCACCAACAGUUUGAAGGAUUUCAUACCUAUUUUAUUUCAGCCAACACACAUGUACACGCAGAUCACAUAACUGGUACUGGUGAACUAAAGAAAUUGAUACCAUCAUGCCAAAGUAUUAUUUCUCAGUUAAGUGGUGGAAAAGCCGAUAUAUAUGUUAAUCCAGGAGAUGAAAUAGAGUUUGGACGUUACUCAGUUGAGGUUAGAUCAACUCCGGGGCAUACUAAUGGUAAAUAAUUUUAAAUAUUAAUAUUUUACCAUAUAUGUCGCAUCCACAUCGCGUAAUUAUCCGUUUAGCAAAAUGGACGUUUGCGUCCAUUUCACAAAAUGGAACCGCAGUUCCUUUACUUUGCGAAAUGGAUACCUAAACUAAACACAACAGAACUUGUUCCAUCAUUUUGAUGUCUAUAUAGUAAAACAAUAAACUCUACUUGUUUCAUAAUUUAAUUUAUUUGAUAGUUACAAAACAAUUUUAGUUUAAGAUUUUACAAUUAUUUUUUAAACUAUAUUUAUUAUUGCCAUUAAAACAACUUUGUGAAUUAUAACAGUCUAAAUUAACUUUAAAAUAAGAUCAUAUUUUAGUUGUAUAUUGCUUUUAAGAUACGGUUUAAAAAGUGCGACAAGUCGUUUAUAUGGCAUACCCUAGUUUGUAAGUCGUGACAACUAAACUUUUAGUCGCUGCAGCCGACAACACUACUGGUCCAAGAGCAGUACCGUGUGACUACAAAAUUAAUAUUUUCCCCAUCAAAAGAUAAAAUUCUUAUAGAAAAACUACAAAACAACCUUGUUUUGUACAAUAUUGCCGAUAAAAAUUAUAAAUAUAAUAUUAUUAAAGAUGAUAUAUGGAAACAUAUAUCAACCAAAAUUUGAAUAACAGUGUUUUGAUGUUACCAUAAAAAAAAAAUAAUAAUACAUUAUUGAAAUUAUCUUAUAUUAUUUUAACAUUUUUUCAGUCCAGCUUUGUAGUCCUUUUAAUCCUUAUUUUUCAUACUUUUUCAUACAAAUUGCAUAAGACUUAUUCUGUGGUAUCUAUUUUUUGCCCAUAAUCACUACAGUGAGUAGUUAUUUUUUUUCAAUCUCAUUUUGAGCUUCAUCUUCGUAGAUUUCUUCCAAGUCUUCUUUCGUUACAAGUUUUUGUAAAAUUUCCAAAAGUAUAUUGGAAGUAAUUAAUCUGAUUUUCGGAUCAUUCCCAAUUAUAGCCUUAUAUUAUUAUUAUUGCCUAAUAAUCACUUGGUAAUAGGAACUAUAUUUUUGAAAUUAACAAAUUUUAGCCCCAUUGACCAUUUCUUUAUUCUGCUAACUCCCAUCCAAGCUCUUAGAAUAUUUUAUAUGCACAUAUAUAUCUUGGUUGCUUUUCUCAUUACUAUCCUGGCUUUGUGGAUAUCUGGGUCAAUUAUGAUCAAUAGCGCAAUUUAUUGACCAAUAUUCUAACAGUUCAACAAUUAUAGAAUUUAAAAAUGUCCUACUUUUAUCUCUGCAAUAUUUUUGGUGUGCCAAAUGUAAGAAAGAUUGAUAUUGUAAAUAAGCAGGUAUAUCAGAUGUGUAUUUAGAGACUCAAGGGGACCUAAAGAUAAAAAUUGACCGCUAUGAUCCUGGUAAUAGAGUAUCCAUUUGAAUUUUCCAUCAGUAUUGAAAAUUUACGAGAUCUAUGUCAUUAAAUCAAAUUAUUUUUCAGCUAUGUUCAGUAUUAUAUAUUAUUAAUAUAUUAGUAAUGAAACAACUUGCUUAUUUAAUUUGGCUUGUUCUAAAUCUCAAAUUCAUGCAGUUUAUUUCAUCAAAACUGCGUUUUUUUCAUUUCCCCAAAUUAACAAUAAAGCUGUGUGGAUGUCACAUAUACAUUGUAAACUGUUUAACAUGUAAUGAUAAUAGAGAAUAAAUUAAUUGUAAUAUUAUUUGUAUUAUUAGAAUCAAUGUAAUUUCUGUCGUAUCUAUCAACCACUUAAAUAUUUAUAGAAACCAUUAUAUUUUUUUUUUUUUUUUUUUUUUUUUCUUUUUGAAAUUUUCAAAUAGGAAGACAAUAAAUAUGGAUAUAGUAUUAUAACUGCUAAUUUCACAAUACAGUUAUGUUUAAUAUGUCCUGAGAAAAUACAAUUUUUAUAUUAUUGUACAGCCAUGUUCGUACACACAGUCAAAAUUGAACUAUAUAAUGUUAAAAUUAAAAAAAUAGGUUGUAUCAUAUUCGUAUGUUUAAAUUUAAUAAAACAUAUUUUAAACAUCGAUUUCUGAAGUGCUAUUAUAUAAUAAAAAGUAAAAAUUAAUGUUAUCACUUAUCAGCAUUUAUAAUUAGCUUUUUAUUUAGAUAAAAACUUCAUAAUUUUGAUAUAAUUGUCAUAUUCUAUAAGUUGUUUAAUUUAAAUUUAAUCAUUUCUGUUUAAAACAAAUAAUUUGUUUGAUUUUAAUUUAACUUAAUAAUCUUUAAAAUUAUUUUUUAUCUACAUAUUUAUAAUUAUACAUAUUUAUUAAUUAAAAUUUAUCUUUUAGUAAUGUUAUCAUAUUAGUUACACAGAUAAAGUCCUUGACAACUUGUUAAAAUAAAAACAAUUACUUUUUGAAACUACUUUUAAUACAAAUAUUAUUCUAGAAAUGUUUAUUUAGUAUGUUGUUUUAUUUAAUUAUCAAUGUGGUGAAGUUUUAAAAUAUAAUAUAGUAACAAUAAUUUUUAUCAAUAAACGGUACUUAAUAGUUAUUAUAGUCAUAAUAUUCACUACAUUCAAAUUCAAAUUUUAAUUUUAGGCACAAGUGGUUUAGCUAUUUUUUCAGCCUGAUAAAUAUGAAUCAAAACUCGAUGAUCUGUGAUCCAAAAAUCAUAAGUUCAAACUAGAAUACAAUUUUGGGGGUGCUAAAAUUGUAUAUGAGUAUAUGACUAACAUAGGGAGCUUCGACUCCUCCUCAAAUCCUUAACCAAAUCAAUGUACAUUAAAAUUUUAAUUAUUAUAUUACAUUAAUUAUAGGAGUACCAAUUUUAAAACUGUUUCAAGCCACUCCCUCCCCAAAGGUAGAGCUUGAUAAAUUUAGUCGGAGUCCCAGAUUACUUUAUGAAAAUAUAAUUAUUAAUAACUUCCUAUGUAGUUUAAAAUAACCUUGUUUAGGUUUUGUUUGAAAUGUUUGAAAAAUUUAAAUAAAUAUUAAUAAUAGUAUAUACUGGAUGUCCCAUAAAGAUGUACCGAUUGUAAUAUCUACAGAGAUAAUAAAGAUAAUCAAAUUUUUCUGAAAAUGUUGACAUCUCAAUUAUUUUUUUUUAUUAAAUUUGUGAUUUUUAAAGUUCUGAGAAAAAAAUGUACAGUCAAUUAACUAUAAUAAUAAUAAUCAAUUAGCGAAAUAGAUUACACAGCCUAUUGUAUAAUUAUAGGUACUUUUCUCUGAACAAUGAAUUAAAAUCACAAAUUCAAUGAAAAUAAAAAGCUUACAUAAAUGUUUUCUUGAACUAUAUUUUUAACUUCUUAUACUCAAAAAAAAUAUAUAUAUAUAUAUAAAUACUUUAUUUUGAUAAUAAUUUUUUAUUAUUUGCUUCCCUUUUCCUUGACAAUUUCGGGAAAUUUAUCAAAAUAAUUAGCUGAAAUCAAAAUAAAUUAUGGUGUUUAUUAUUAAACUAAUAUUAUUGAAAAUACAAUUUUAUUUUUAGGUUGUAUUACAUAUGUUUGCCAUGAUGCAGCCUCUGCAUUCACAGGAGAUUGUUUAUUGAUUGGUGCUUGUGGACGUACAGACUUUCAAGAAGGAGAUUCCAAAACAUUAUACUAUUCUGUUCAUGAACAAAUUUUUACAUUACCUGAUUAUUAUAAAAUAUAUCCGGCUCAUGAUUAUUUAGGUAUGUUUUAAAAAGUAUUAAUUGUAUGUAUUAGAAAAAACAAAAACCAUUCAAAUUUCAAUAAAUAUUUGUCAAGUAUACUUUUAAUUAAUAUAUUAUGAAAACAAAAUUUUUAUUACAUUAGAGGUAAGAAAUAUUAUUUUUUUUACUACCUAUUAGUAUACAACAUACACUCAUAUAUAAUAGACACAGAAUUGAGGACAUUAAUUGUGUGAGUGAAGUAAUCAAGAUCAGAUAAGUAUUAUUCAACAAUUUCUUAUAAGAUAUAAUUUUGUUUAAAAAUUUAUACAUUUCAUUAUUUAUAAAAAUGUGUACAUUUAUUACAGGGCAAACUGUUACAACAGUUGGAGAAGAAAAGAGUUAUAAUCCACGUCUUACAAAGUCGUUGGAUGAAUUUAUUGAAGUGAUGAACAAUUUAAAUUUAGCAUAUCCUAAAAAAAUUGGUUAGUAAUAAAUAUAUCAAUUAAAAUUGUCAAAUUGAUAUUAUGUAAUAUCAAUAUUUUAUUAUUUGCAGAUGUUGCUUUACCUGCCAAUUUAAAUUGUGGUAUUCAAGAUGACUUUAAGAACAAUGUUUGAGACUUAUGUGUUACCAUAAAUAUUAUUAUUUUGAAUUUUUUUUUCGUUUAAUAUAAUUAAAUAAUAUUUUACUUAUGUAUAAUUUAUAAAUCUUUAGAACUAAUCUACACUAUUAGACUUUUUUUCUCAAAAAGUUGUCAAAGUAAAGUAGUAUCUGAAUUUUUUUUUAGUAUGCAAUUAUUAAAAGUAAAAUUAAGCUCUUAUAAGUUAAUCUAAAAUACACAAUCCAAUUGCUUGUACAAGAAAAUUGAACAAAUAAUUUAAUCAAGAUUAAAUAACAGGUUUCAUUAAAUUAUUUAGUUAUACAUAAAAUUAUACAAACACAAAUUUAAUUGUAUACAAUAAAAGAUUAUGUAUAAGUUGUAGUAAAAGAUUAUUCUUUGUACCUAUUUUUGUACAAGAAUGAGAAACACAUGUUUGAUAAAAUGAUGGAACACUCAUUGUUUUACCCUUGUAAACAUAAGCAGACAUUGAUCCAAUCAACCUAACAAAUUUUUUGGUGGAUUGUUGGACAUUAUUUUCAUCAGGAAGCCAAUUUUCAAUUUUGUGUUACUAAAUUCAUGCCAGCAGUGCAAAUGUUUGUUAGAACAUUCUUUUGUGCUAAACAUGUUCAUCUUGAUUUAUUAGAUACUAUUGGACAAUUUUCAGAAUUUGUUGGACAUUAAUUUUACGAGGGUAAGAAUUUGAACUUUCAUGUAUCCAAUAAAAAAUCAAUGCAUUUGGUUUUGUAAUUUUUUUAUUCUACUAUAAGAGUAUGUUGUGCUGCAUAUGUUUUUUAUACGGGUGACUUCUUUUUACUUUGAUGCAGAAUAGUUAUAAUAUUUAUCAAAUUAUGUGCUACAAUUAUAGUUAGCUGAUAUGUAAUAUUUUACGCAAGAUGACCAUUUAAAACCUAAAAAAUCAUAAAACAAUAACUAACUACGAGGUAUUAUUUAUUCAAAUUUUGAAUAUUUGUAAAUAAACAUUCAUGUAGUGUCCAAUUGAUGGAACACAUAUUUAAUGUAUUUUGAAGUAAAUAUAUGAGUAUAUAACAUUUAUCAUUGAAUAUACAAAAAAGUCUUAUUAAUGGUUUAAUGUACUAGUGAAGAAUGACGAUUUCAGAUCGGCGAUGACUGUCAGAGCCCAAUUGAUGUCAUUAUUUGAUGGUAAUGGUAUACUUGUCAGUGUUUAAAUAAUAUGGAUUUUUGAUAAUUGUAUAACUAAAAUAGCAAUUAAAAUAUAUUGAUUUCAAAAAAUAAUUCAAUAAUUGAAUAAAUUAUUCAACUUAUUUAUGUUAUGUUUAUUUAUUUUUAUUAUAAGUGAUAAAUAUUAAAUUAUGUAGAUG